ACUUGGCAAUGAACUUGGUUUCAGGAUAGAGAAGCAUUAGUGAGUUUGCUCUGUGAUUUUGUUGAAGCUAUGAAUCCUGGUCUGCUACUCACAAGAAGUCCUGUUAUUCUUAAAGACAGAGACCUUGCUGGAGAACUCAAGGAUGUUUGGCUAGCUGUACAGAACAAAAGAGAACGCGAGAAGGGCAUGCAUCAAGAUGUAAUGUAUAAGGUAUAUGAUAUUGAUGGAAUUGGUGGUGAUGAUAUGAAUGAAGAAGAAAAAAUGAAUUCACAAAAUUGCAAGCAAAAUGACAAAAAUUCACCGACUCGAUCACAAGGCUCAGAGAGGAAAAACAUUGUCAAAUCAUCAAAACAAAUACUUAUGAACGCUGGUCAAAAAUCUGAGUUUGACUCGGGAAUGAACAAUUCACAAAUAACUCAAAGCCACUUGAAUAGAGACAAUCAGUGUAGCAACACUAAAGCAGAUAUAACCUAUUGCACUCCAGUGUAUGGCCAAAUUGUAUCUAGUCGCGAGAAUCAUAACCAAAUCAAUGAUAUUCAACAAAAAUUUUCAAUGAGUGAAAACACAAAACCUUCAAGUUCAUUUAGAAAAGACUGGAAUCCAGUCCACGGCAAGACUACAGAAGGGUGGGAUGAAUUCUCUAAACGCAAUAUAUCUUCUAUUAGCAACGAAAAUGAUUCAAAGAAACAGAGAUAUGUUAAAAAUGAAAAAUCAACCAAGCAAAUUAACAAUGGUAAAGGCCAAUAUGACUUUUUCCCUGUAUUUGACAAUAAAUCUGUCGAAGAAGACUCCGACUUGAGUAAGGUUAGUAAUACUCCAGAUAAAAGUAAAGACCAAGAACUAAGGAAUGAAGACAAUUCUAAAAUAAUAUUAGAUGCAGUGCAGAAACUAGUUCUGCAUACGACUGAUAAUACAAUAUGUGAUAAUAAGACAAGUGCUCUCAGCUCAAUAAGCUCGUAAUUUUAAAGCUACAUUACAUGUAAUUAACAUACAAUUUUGUAUGACAGUUAAAGUUCCAAUAUCUAUCUGCUUUAUGCUGUUAAUGGAAUGUGUAUAUUAGAUAAUUGGAAGGUGACCUAACAAUAGUUGCAUUAGCGGCAAACUAGUCAAAUUAAUUUUUUAAUCAUUGUUAUUUAAAACUGAGCAGUUAUGAAUUGCUUAAUAGCAAAUUGCAAUCUAAUUUAUUGUAAAAAUUAUUGUUUAAUCCCAAGCAUCUCUUAAUGAUACAAAACUAUUCCUAGUUUGUCCUCCACCAAUGAAAGUGUUUCAUUUCAAAAUCCAGAUGUUUUAAGAAUUGUGAGACUCAAAUGGAUAAAUGAUUUGUUAAAUAAUGUUAAUAUAUUAUUUUAUUAUAAAUGAACUAAUCUGGAUUUAGACUUUCACAUGUGGUGUAUAAAAAAAAAUAUUGGUUUAAAUGGUUGUGUAUUUUAAUAAAGAGUGGUAACAUGAACAAAUUCUUAGUAUUGCCACUCUAUGCCCGACAUAGUAAAAUAAAUGAAGCCAAGUUAUACUUAUAUUACUAUGUUUUAGGGUUGCCAAUGUAUAAAAAAAAAAUAUUUUCAAAUUGAAAUUGUUAAGAUUCAUAUUGAAAUUGAUUAAAUAAAAAUAUUGCUCAUUAGAGUUGUGUCUUCAAUAUACUUCUUGCUAAAUGUUAUAUUAAAUUUUAACAAUGUGAUUUUGACUAACAUUGUGUAAAUCCCGGUUUAUUAAUGUGUGUUGAAUACUGCCAAAAUGUUCCAAUACUUUUUACCUUCACUUGCAAAAUAUUUAGACCAUUCACCGCGUGAAUAGCCACUACAAAUUUCAUUUUAGCAGUAGGAACCAAAUAUUCAUAGGGUAAAUUUUAUAAAUGGUUGCUUAGUCGGUUUUAUACAAUACAGUGUUAUUAUAAGUUAAUAUCUCAUGUGCAAUCACUUGGUUCUGAUAUGAUUUUUUUUUUACUAUAGUUUUAUUACUUUAAUAUAAUCAUAUUUUGACAAUAGAAGUUUGGAUGCAACAUUUUAAAAUUCAAUGUGAUUUCA